AUGUUUAAUUCUUACUAAUAUGAGAAAUAACUUGCCUUAUCUAAAGAGAUAGAUAAGAUAAAGAAAGGGUAUAUGAGGGAAAGAGACGUUCGUAAAGGUAUGAUUAAUUGAUUAAUUAAAAGAGUUAAACAAUCGUUUAGCAUAGAAUUACAGAAAAAGAGUUGAAAAUUUUGUAAUAAAUAUGUUAGAGAAUCCUAUAGUUUGUUCUGAAUAUAAAUAACCUAGUCUUUAAGCAUUUAGAGAUGAAGAUCCUAGGAAGAAUUUGGGUGAUCCACAAUUUUAUGUUAAGGGUUUUAAACACGAAAAAGAUCGUAUCUAAGAAGCUUUGGAAAGAAACAAGGAUCUUGACUUUCUUCCUAAUAGGUAAGUUGCUCAUUACUGUUUUCGUGAAAGAGAUCCUUCUAAAGAUAUAAAACGUGAUGUUUUUAGAUAUAGAGAUAAAACUAGUUUAGAAAGAAUAGAACAAUUUUUAAAAGAUCAUACAUAAACUUAGGUAGAGAAUCAAAAAUUCAGUAAAAAAAAAGCAUUCAAUGUUGAAAAUCUCUCAGAUAAUAUGAGUUCACUUGAAAGAAAAGCAUAUAUUAGCAGAUUAAUUGCCAAGAAUUUAUUACCUAGUUUACAUUAAAAAACACAUUUCUAGGCCACAGCUACAAUGUUUAACAAUUUGCCAUGUAUUCACCUUGUGAUAAUUAUCUAGUAUCCCUUAUGGAUCAUGCCAGAUCUGCUCCAUUAUUGAAAUAAGUAGAACCAGAAGAAAAAAGUAAAAUUAUUUAAUUACUUUAGAAUCUUAACAAUAAUAGAGAGAAGUUUAAAAAACUGAAGAAAUUGAAUAAAAAGAUACUAAACCUAAAUAAGGAAAUGAAUUAGAGACCUUUAAUCCUGUUGAAACAUCUAAGUCUGUAUUAGAAAAAUGUAAUGUCAUUCGUAAUAAGAAUCCUAAAAUCAGCACUAUUCAUAAAGGAUAAGGACAUUUAAUCUCUACUUUAGAUAAAUCAAUUUAAGAAAUAUAUAAAGAUAUUUAUGGAAUCGAUUUAAGUCAAGGUAAGUUUUUUUAAAAAUGA